AAAGUUGAUACCUCCAAAAUUGAAACAGCAAUCGUCUGCUGAUCCCCAUUCGAGUUCAAUCUUGCCCUUUUGUACUUUCUACUUCUCACCAGAACUCUAUUAUAUCUCUAGUACACUUCGGUACUUUUAUUUUAAAAUUUUAUGUACAUGUAGACUCUAUGCGAAUAUUUGAAUUAAAGUGAAGUGGAAUUACUUUAAAGUGUAUGCGUAUUUUUAUGCAUGAAAGUUAAAAAAAAAACAGCUUCAUUUAUAUUCUGACUAGACACCAGAUUGCGCCACGGAGCUUGUGUCCAGCUUUACGUCAUGUGGGAAACAGACUAGACAAGAUUGAAAGUCUACUUAGUUUCAUAGUGAUUCUGCUUUACCAGAUGAGGCGCAUUUUCCCAUAAUGACCAAAGUCAAAGCUUUGAGUUAUUUAGAGAAAGCUGUAGAGAAAGGUGACAAAAAGAGCUCAAAAUUAUGGGAUACUUUCACUUUUUACACCAGCCGAGUUUCCUUGCACGGAAUCGUCUUUGCAGUGGACUCAAAACACACGCUCAAUAGAAGUUUGUGGAUUUUGAUCCUGUUGGGGGCUACUGCAGCAUUGACAGUUCAACUCUAUAACAACAUCAACAGAUAUUUUGAGUAUGGAACACGCUCAGAAAUCCAUCUGGGGUUUAGCAGCCUUGAAUUCCCCGCCAUCACCCUCUGCAACGUCAACAUCAUGCGAAUGUCAAUGCUGAAUGAGUCGAGCAGUGAUCUGCAAGAGUUCAUAGCCAGCCUACAGAAACUCGAUCUAAGGGCAAAGGCUGGUUCCAGUCGUGCUGAGAAGAAAGGCUUUGUCAAUGAAUAUGGAAAAAAUAAUUAUGGCAGUAACGUUUACUUCAAUGACUUCCUGGAUUCCUAUGAUGCCGGAGCAAAGUUAAAUGACUCAGAGGUGGAAGACUAUGAUCAGGGGGAAGAUUCCUACUACGACACGUCUAAACCUAAAAGCUGGUCAGCCGUCGGAAAAAGAUCUUUUCUGGUCAAUCUGUUUGACAAACUAACAGAUUAUUACAGCUUUAUGGAUCUAUCCAAACAGCAGAAUGUCAGUCAUCAAUUUGAUGACAUGUUGCGACAAUGUUCUUUCGCCACCAGGAGAUGUAUCAAAAAUUUUACCAAAAUCACAUAUUCAGAUCAUGGAAAUUGUUACACUAUACAGAACAAAAGCUACGUGUCAUAUACUAGCGGACCACAAGGAGGUCUACAACUGAUACUUUACUUGGAGACGGAUGAAUACCUGCCGUUGCUGACAAGUGGUAAAGGUGCACAAAUCGUUAUACAUAAGCAGAAAACAAUUCCACUACCUGAUGAUGGAAUCUCAGUAUCAGUGGGGCAACAAACAAUGAUCGGUAUCCAACAGACUAGAAUCUCUCGUCUUGGAGAACCAUACUCAAAGUGUAGAAAUGUCGAGGAAUUUUUCAAAAAGUAUAAAGCAGUCUAUACAAGAAAGCUCUGUAAAAAGAUGUGUUUAUUAGAAAGGAUCUCCAAGGAAUGCAAGUGCGAAUAUCGACAUUAUCAACCUAUAACUGAGCUAUUUAAUUUUACUAGCAGCAAUGUGUGUAACAGUAGUCAAGAUGCAGAGUGUGUUGCUAGGAUACGUAUGUCAUUCAGGGCGGACGAUGACAACUGUGGAUGUUAUGACCCAUGCGAGGAAACUGUUUUUGAAACUCAAAUAUCUUCCAGGUCUUGGCCAAACAAAGACAUUGCUGAUGUUCUAAUGGCUGGUGUCUGCAGUGAGAAACCCGCAGUCUGUUCAAAAACUUACAAUGAGAUUCGAAAUUUUUUCAGAGAUAACUUCCUUAAGGUGAACAUAUUCUAUAGAGAUCUAAACUACAAGAAGAUAACAGAAAUAGCCAAUUAUGAGGUCCAUCAGUUGCUGUCGGAUAUCGGAGGAUCUCUGGGAUUGUGGAUGGGACUCUCAGUUUUAAGUUUGCUAGAAAUACUGCAAGUGACUCUGCAUCUUCUACAGUGUUGGCUCGGAUGCAGGCAGGGUGUUAGUGUGGACCUCAACAUCCAACAAUGACAUGGCUGUGUCCUUUGGCUUCUAUCACUUCUUAUCAUUGGUAUGACCUUUGUAAAAUAGAAUUCUAAGCCAACAUGGUGAUUGUCGUUUCAGUUAUACUUUAUUGGCAUUUCGUUUAGACCUAUAUCUGUCAGAGGUUAUCAUCCUGAUGUAACACACCAUUGAUAACAAUCUUUUUGGGUGGCUUUCUUUCGAGUCAUACAACGUAAAGUGGGAUGCGUUGACGAGAGGCUAAGUAGGCUUGAACUUGGGCUAAGAAGGGGGCUCGAGGUUCAACACCCUUCUCGAGCAGAGUUGUGUA